AAAAGAUUUCCUCAAGGCUGAUAGAUUGACUUGCCAUUGAGCAAUUGGGUGAGCUCGGAAACCACCUACUGCUCGGCUCCCUCCCGCGGCGAAGAGCGCGGUAAGCUUUAGGAUAGUGAUUGCUAGCAUUAGUUGUUAAUCAUCUACUACAACAUAAGCAGCUCUAAAGACACAUAACUACAUAUAGAGAACAACUCAAUCUCUCACACAACGCAACAACUUGAUAUCAGAAACAACGUGAGGUAAGCGAGAUCUCGAUGCCAAGAAGAAAUAGCCGGGGUAGACGCGUUUGCUCUCAUUCCAGAAAAGGAAUAGCUUCUAGUGUCGGAAUAGUUUAGCGCAGAAAUAAGCGGGCCAAUCAGACGUGUGAGUUGUCUUUGCCGGCAGAGUGGUAAAAUACAGCGUAAAUAAUACGGCGCAGUUGUCAUGAAAGACAUAAUAAUUCCGCGCGUGAAAUGAAAAACGAUAUAAAACACACGACCUGAACUUCCGCCGAGUAUAUCUAGAUCGCGACCCAUUCAAUCGAAGACCAUGCCCCCCAAGAUCGGUGGAUGAAUCAGAUAACCCCAACUGAGUUUCCCCAGAAGAAUCAUACCACCUGCGGGUUGCCAAGGCUUGUGGUUGUACCGGAUGCACCAGUGAUGAGCCAUGUUGGCCGCCAUGCAAUGGGCAUCGCUGAUGCAUGUAAGAAAGUACGAAAUCGGGUGCAACCGAAUGCGCUUGGAACAUUCUUCCGCUAGCAGCAAAAUAAACGAUUGGCUCUGCUUUCGUAGGCGGACAUCUGCACAUCCACCCCAAACUUUCUCGUCGCUAGGUGGAGACGGCUAAACACAUUUGCAAACCAAAACCGACCUAGAUCGACCCUUGUUGGUGUGGACGCAGCUGUUCCGCUUCCGUCCACUCGGCAGUGCUGGCACUUCAUUUCAACUACAGGUGUUUAUCAAGAACGUGGUUACAUCUGUGGGUCUUUUCCCGUCGGGAAUCAGUAACUGCACAAGCAACAAAAUGGGGUCUGAUUAUUUCCGUCUCAUCCACCCCCCUGGGCCACCCAAUAGUCGAGCCUGGAGGCUUAGAGCGGGCUAACAGGGUCCCAUAUUUUGCGAACUAACUAUAUAAGCACAUCUUCCUGUCUUUUGUGGAGAUCUGUUAUUAUUAUUAUUAUUAUUUCCCAUUCCGUGGUGGAUUUUUGCGUACGGAAAAGGGAUAGCCAGCAGAUCAUGCACAAAACCCUGAUGGAAGCAGUAUAAAAACACCUAUUCUCCUCUCUCCCCAGUUCCGAUCCACCCGGCGAUAGCAUUAAAUUUUCGUUCUAGACGCAGCAGGCGGUGCGAGUGUUGGAGAAAGGCUAAAUCAAAAGGAACCAAGGGACCAAAAUAAAUCUGGACCUGAAUUCGUUCUGACGUGACCAUACCUUAAAAACCUGAUCCUCUUAACCCUUCCCCUUCCCCGGCAGGACAAAAAAGGCACAUCUUACGUCUUGAAGCCAUGGUCAGAGUUUCUCGACAGGUUUCCUCUACCUUUCACGCUCGUUUCACCAGCAAAUCCGUUUCCGCCGCUUCCCUCUGACGUCGAUUAAGGCGCAAUUCCUCGCAGGUCGAAUCUUCGGACGUUCGCCAAUAUGUCAAUAAAACCCCUCCGCGAGAAGAUCAAACGCGUCUUCUCCCGCUCCGAUUCCGGGUCUCUCCCUGGCUCCUCUCCCACCCAAACGUCCAAAGACUCCAAGAACCAGAAAUCAAGCCGUCCGAAGAACGGUUACUGGCCCAGCCAGCCCCGCGAUCACAGAGGCGGCGGAAUCGGACCUUCGAUAGGCGUCAAACCGGGCAAGAUCAAAUAUCGAGCGAACGGCAAGCCGAAGAUAGAGCUAUACAAGGCACACGAGGUACCGCGGUCGAAAUACCGUGGCCCAUUCGAUGAAGCCCAUAUCCAGCGGCUGGCGGCGUAUUCGAUAUCCAACGCAAUGUUGAGUGCGGAUCGGCCGCGGUCGAUGCUCUCAGAGCUCUCUCCGAUGGGGACGAGGGCACCACCGAGCCGCAGAGGGAGCGUAGAGAGCGAGCGAGGGGUUGUGCAGUGCAUUAAUGGCGGAGUAGGGGAUGUGCAUCAGCGGCAUCCGCUAAUGCCGUCGAAGGACGCAUCAGGAAUUAUCUCGUCUACUGUGUAUUCCACAUCACCAAUUACCACCACCUUCUCAGAACGAAGGGAUAUCGAUAGUGGUCCUCCUAUCGCUCCUAAUAUCAGGGCUACCAUACUACAACCAGUCGACGGAAACAUGAGCUCCUCUACGCUCCUCACAUUGCAAACGCAAGAUACGCUACCCACUCAGGUGGAUGCAGCAACAAUCUCCGCCGUUCAACCAAAUCGGGUCUCAGAGGCAGAAAAGGAAGCUGUGUCACCGUCCAUGUCCCGGCCCGUCUCGUCAGAGCAGCUAUCGAGUGCGUUGCACGCGAUAAAGCUAAGAUCAUGAGUAAUGAUAUUUUUGUGUUGGUAUUAUAUCACUGCUACGAUGUAUCGGUUCAUUCUUUUCCUUUGUCUGUUGGCUUAGAUAAUUGGUUACCGGGCGCUUGGGUUUCUGUUUGAUAUGAGCAUAUAAGCACUGGGUGGUGGCGCGAAUUCUCUUACAUUGAAUUGUCAUUCGUAUGUAGGUUGCUUUAUUUUGUUAUUCCUCUUUUGUUUUCUUUGUUUUUCUGUCUUUGUGUGGCCUAUUAUUAUCCCUUUGUUCUCCGCGCAUUUAUGCUAAACAUGUACAUAGACAGAGGUUUAGAUACAUUCAGUACCUCGCCAUAAGUUUUGAAACUGUUAUGAAAUUCAAUUUGGCAGUACACCGGGCCGAUUUGAUGUUCAAAAAUGUUUCAAACUUAUGGCGAGUCUAUACUUAUAGAUUGAUAGAGACAUAUCUAUAGACAUUAGGUCAUGCUGAAACAUAGAUUAUGGCUAAAUAAAUACCUGAGUUAAUUGCGGCUCCCUUGUUUACGCUCUCUCUGCACCAAGUUUUUAUAACAGGAGCCAACGCAGUCUGUAAACCAACUGGGUUAUCUCCGGUGGUUUUUUGGUCCAGUUGGUUUUCCCCUUCAACGAAUUAUGAAUGACACUCGAAGGCAGCGAGUGGGGUAACUGAGUUGAAAUGGGUCUGAAUUUAAUGAAUAACCUAGUAUCACAGUUAACAUAGGGUUUGUUGCCAUUCGCGAAAUAUU